AUAAAGAUUCCGGCCCUUUUAACAUUGUCCGGGGCACUUCCCAAAAAAACCAAGAGCCGCUGGACGGGGGUAUUGGGGUUGAACCAGCCGUUUGCAUUGGAGCGGCUCCUUCUUCCAAUCCCAAGCCUUCUACCUGCGCCAGACCACACAGCACAUAACUACUCAGUUCACGCCCACUUUAUACUGCAAACCACGCGGGUCCAGAGAAAAGGAAGAUAAUGGUUUUGUGGGUUUUUGGUUACGGGUCUCUAAUUUGGAAAUCAGGGUUCGAUUACAAGGAGCGCCUGGUCGGAUUUAUUAGAGGUUAUCGCAGAGUCUUUUAUCAAGGGAGUACAGACCAUAGGGGAACACCUUCCCAUCCGGGCAGAACAGUCACAUUGGAGCCCCAUGACGGGGAGCUCUGUUGGGGGGUCGCGUAUAAAGUUUCUGGAGAAGAGAAUGAACAAAUAGCUCUGUCGUAUCUUGAAGUAAGGGAAAAGCAGUAUGACGAUAAGGCCUAUCUUGAUUUCUAUACUGAUCCAUCAUCUUCGGUUCCUGCAGUCAGAGGAGUAUUAGUAUACAUUGCCUCGCCUGACAAGAGGCUCAAUAAGAACUAUCUAGGCCUAGCAUCUCUGGAGGAAAUAGCGAACCAAAUUAUUAGUUCCCAGGGCCCUUCUGGCCCCAACAGAGACUAUCUGUUUGAGCUGGAAAGCGCCCUCCUUCAGCUAGGAUGCAAAGAUGCCCAUGUCAUGGAUCUUGCGGCCAUUGUACGAGAAAUUCUCUCAAAGAAAGAAACAAAUUCAUGAUGAGCAUCUGCUGCAGGUAAUGGUCUAUAAUUGCAGAAUAUUUUUGCAUCUAUCAAGGUUUCCCUGAUUUUGGGAAAUGAGAGCUCAAUAUCAAGCAAUGAAAUGUGGGUUCUACAUUAUUUUACUAUUGAAAUUAUCAGUGAAUGUUAACCAAUAACUUCUCAUUUGGUUCAUGAUUCAAAUAUAACACAAGUGCAAUGGAUGCACCAUCUGCUUCUAUUGUGUUAUCAUGCACCUCAGUAUUUUCGGAGUGAUACAGACAUUUGAUUGCACAGUGCAUUGAUUGUCAAAAUCUAUUUCGACAAUGUUAAUUGACUUCUGCUUUAAGCAA